AUGAUGCUCAAUUCUGUAACUCUUUCAGGGUGGGUGUCACGUGCUUGUUCUCUUCUCCCAUCUCCCGCAGCUUCUGGACAGGAGGAAGCAAAGGGCUCCCAGCCCGCCAUCUGUGAUGUCUCUGAGGAGCUGAGCAGGCAACUGGAGGACAUCCUCAACACGUACUGCGUGGACGCCAGCCAGGAGGGCCCCGGGGAUGAGGGGGGGCAGAACGAGCCUGCAGAGCCUGAUGAGGCAGAGAAGUGCCGGAGCGAAUCCCCACGCAACGGGGAGCAGGAGCCGGGCUGCCCGGAGAUUAACGGGGAGAAGGAGGGCUUGAAGGGGCCCGAGGAGUUCCGGACCGGCGACGAGUGCGGGGAGCGGGACCAGAAACGGACCCAGGAGAAGAAGAAAGCCAAGGGGCUUGGCAAGGAGAUCACACUGCUGAUGCAGACACUGAACACACUGAGCACCCCGGAGGAGAAGCUGGCAGCACUGUGCAAGAAAUACGCUGAACUGCUGGAGGAGCACCGCAACUCCCAGAGGCAGAUGAGGGUCCUGCAGAAGAAGCAGACGCUGCACAUACAAGAGAAGGACCACCUGAGGAGUGAGCACAGCAAAGCCAUCCUGGCCCGCAGCAAGCUGGAGAGCCUGUGCCGGGAGCUCCAGAGGCACAACCGCACACUCAAGGAGGAAGGGGUGCAGCGUGCACGGGAGGAAGAGGAGAAGCGCAAGGAGGUGACAUCCCACUUCCAGGUGACACUGAACGACAUCCAGCUGCAGAUGGAGCAGCACAACGAGCGGAACUCCAAGCUGCGCCAGGAGAACAUGGAGCUGGCUGAGCGGCUAAAGAAGCUCAUUGAGCAGUACGAGCUGCGGGAGGAGCACAUUGAUAAAGUGUUCAAACACAAGGACCUGCAGCAGCAGCUGGUGGACGCCAAGCUCCAGCAGGCCCAGGAGAUGCUGAAGGAGGCAGAGGAGAGACACCAGCGGGAGAAGGACUUUCUGCUGAAAGAGGCUGUGGAGUCGCAGCGAAUGUGUGAACUGAUGAAGCAGCAGGAAACCCACCUCAAGCAGCAGUUGGCCCUCUACACUGAGAAGUUUGAGGAGUUCCAGAACACGCUUUCUAAAAGCAGCGAGGUGUUCACCACGUUCAAACAGGAGAUGGAGAAGAUGACUAAGAAGAUCAAGAAGCUGGAGAAAGAGACCACCAUGUACCGAUCUCGCUGGGAGAGCAGCAACAAGGCUCUGCUGGAGAUGGCUGAAGAGAAAACCCUUCGGGACAAGGAGCUGGAAGGGCUGCAGGUGAAAAUACAGCGUCUAGAGAAGCUGUGCCGAGCCCUCCAGACCGAGCGCAACGACCUGAACAAGAAGGUGCAGGACCUGUGUGCCCACACGCCCCAGGCUGAGGUAGAGAUGCCAGAACCCCUGAAGGAUCCAUCUCGGGACAGCUCAGCUGAGCCGGCACCUGGGGGCCUAGCUGAGGAUUGCCUUCCUCCCGUGAAGCCGCCGCACAGCACAGACCCGGCAGAGAACCCCGGGGAACUGAGCAUAGGAGCUUUGGGCCAGACGGGGACUGAGGAGUGCACUCACUGUGCCAACUGAGCCCUUCAUCUGGCAGGUGGAGGUGGAGGUGGGGGAAGGGAGGGGACCAUGAAUGUUUCACAGACUGAUCCAAUGUCCUUCCCUUGGGCCCUGGGCUGGGGCGAGAGCCCGGCCUUUGCGGGGCUUCAAGAUUUUCCAGUUUAGGCUUUUGGAGUAUUUUUAAUAUAUAUCUAACGUAUAAAACUGUGCAGGGUAACACACUUUUAUAUACGGAUCUAUAUAAACUAGAUUGACCCACAUCCCCGCGUGUGCGUGGCUGUCUGGUAUGCAGAGACUCCGCUCAUCGGCCACUUCCCAAAAAGACCUUGUCACGGGGAGGGGGCUACAGGCUCCUUCAAGAGCUGGCGUAGCCCAGGAGAUGAGAUGCACAAAUGUCCCCAGUCCCCCACCUUGGCCCCAGUUUGUCUCAUCCAGGUGGUUGGAAAUGUCCAUAGUGCCACCUGCAGUGGCAGUGCUUUUAACACUAAAGCAGAGGUGGGGAGGAUUGGAGUGGUCCCUAACUUUGGAUUCUCCUUUUCUUCCUAAUUUAAAACCAGCCUGGCUGUGGGCAGGGCACUGGCAGGACUGGGGCUGCUGGGAUUGGCUUGCCUGUUUUCUUCCCUGGCAAGCAGCUGUGUCUCUGCAUUGUAGUCGGGUUGGAAGGAGGACAGAAUUGAUCUGUGGAAGGAACCAGGGAAGCCGUGGGUGGCCUGGGCUUCCCAGAACCCCCCCGGCCAGGCCCUUGCUAUUCCCAGUGUCUCAAUAGCCUUAUCAUUCACAGUUGCCUCUAUGCUAUACGCACACACGUACAAGUGUAUUAAACAGUUAAUCCAAAGGUCUGCUUCCCAUGUGUUUGCACAAGAGUGUCUGAGGGGUGUGUGAGGGAGCAGGUCGGUCUCCCAUUUGGUCUGAAUUGCUCUUCCUUGUGGAAGGACCAAACCCCUUGGUGUUGAGCUGGAAGUGAGGUGGGUUUUCAAAGCAGGGGGCCAUGAAGAGGAAACCUCAGCCUCCCUGCUCCUGCCGCAGCAUGCCUGGGAUCAUCAUGGAUGUACCCUGGACUGAGCUGGGAGCUGUCUGCAUGGACCUUCCGCUGGCUGGGCCAAGCUGGUGCCCUGCUGCUAGGGCAGGCUCUUUUACUUCAGACAGCCCCUCUGCAAGCGGCCUGCCCCAGACAUCCACGCCGUCAUCUGUCUGUCUGAGCGACCACUGCUCUGCACUGGAGGACUCCCCGUGGGGACGGCACCCCGCCAUCUCCCUUCAGGAUGGGUGGGCUGUGAGAUGCUCCAUCCAGCCCGCACGUGCAGAGAAUCCCUGAUGUGGGCAAAUCUCAUCACCAACAUCAGCCUUUCCUAAGCAAGGGCUCAAGGGAUUGCCUCAGUUGCCUGUGGCUCUAGACUUCCCUCCUUUCCAGCACAGACCUCUGCCUCUGCCGUGCUCUGCAGGCUCAAACAUUUUAGCUCGCAACAUACUUCUGCAUCAUCCUUUGACCAGCACAGCUCUCCAGGGUGUCUCCGUGGACCUGUUUGCUGGAAGAGCUCUGAUUCUUCUUUCCCUCUUCCAUAUUUCUCUUGGGGACAUUGGCUCUUCUAGUAGUUUCUCCCUAGAUACCUGCAUGGGACCCGUGUGAACCAUUGGUGUCGCUGCUGUCCAGAUCAGCCAGUGGGAGGUGCUGCCGAGUGCCAGUCUGAGCACCAGCUGCCUGGUACGACACUGCCCUUUGCGGCUGGCUCGGGUUUCAAGUGGAAGCAGGGCUGAACAAGCCAAAAUCUUCCUGGUCUUCACGGAGCAGGAAUCCUGCAUCUGCCCAUCACCCAGGGGCUCUCCCUUGAGCAGUGCAACACCUCAUUCUCCACAGAGCUCGGCUUUGGUUUUGUCUCCUGCUUCCCUUGCUUUGGCCACUGCUGCUUUCUGCGCAGGGAGGUCUCUGCCUCUCAGCACAAACUGGGACUUGCUGAGCCAGAGAAUGUAUUGCGGCCUGCUGGGACCAUGCCUCAUUUCCGCAAGGCUCAUUAAGCAGAAGGCCUGCAAGCUGCAUCCUGACCCCCUUCCAGCUCUUGCUUUGUGAAAACUCUUACAAAUGCCCCAGCUCUUUUUGCUCUUACAAAAUGCCCCGUCUCCGGGGCCUGUUGUAUGUGUCUUCAUAGCUAAUAGAAACGCAAUGCAAACAG